AUGAACCCCCAACAAGGCAUACUAUAUGAAGCACCCGAGGGGCAACAAAAGUAUGCCGUGAAGAUCGGAGAAGGACGCCUCAACAAUGUCGCGGCAGUCCAAAGGGAUGGCCGGAUGAAGAACAUCCCGCCGAAGCUAGACAAUGCGGAGAAAGGACACAACGUCUAUGUUUCGGUCAAGGAGACCUUGCCAUCUCCUACCUCUCCCACCGAAGCCAUCGAUCCCUUUCGGGAAGAGGUUGCCAGCCUCUGUAACGCCUCGCCCGGGGACAUCGAGGAGAUUUAUGCCUGCACGCCAUUGCAGGAAGCAAUGAUGGCUCUGACCGUGAAGAGUCCAACAGCAUACACAAUGAUGCACGAGUACCGCUUACCACCAGGCACAGAUCCAGUCCGGCUGCAGGAGGCCUGUGAUCAAGCCGCACAGGCCAACCCAGCUCUGCGGACUCGCAUAGCAACCACCCAAUCUCAUGGUUGCGUGCAGGCAGUGCUGCGCGGCACUGUCGCAUGGGGCGUGUGCUCCGAGGAUGACGAUGCCUUGCCAGUCAAUAUGCAGCCGGUGGCCUGGCGAAUGGGAGGCCAGCUGGCCUAUUUCACCAUGAACCUGACCAGACACAUACUCAGGGUGUGCCUGCAUCAUUCCAUCAGUGAUGCAUGGUCUAUUGCACUCCUCCUACGUCAGGUUGAGGCAGCCUAUCGCGGAGAAGAGCUUGUGUUUCGACCCUUCCGACCGCUGGUGGAGUACAUUGAGGCCACUCGCGAUCGGGCGGAGGCAUUCUGGAAGGCCGAGUUAAAGGAUGCUCACCUGGACUCCAUGGCCACUUAUCCUGCGCUUCCAUCCCCUGGAUAUACGGCCGACCCUUCCGAGUCCGUAUGCCGCACGUUUCCUAUCCAGUCCAUGACCUCGGGUGGUUUCCCCGUCAAUACCAAGUUGCGACUGGCGUGGGCGGUGCUCCAAAGCCUGUACACCGGCUCGGACGAUAUUCUUUUCGGCGCCAUCAACGUAGGUCGAAGCGUACCGGUGCCAGGAGUCGAGGACAUGGUCGGUCCAGCCAUAACCAGUGUGCCUGUGCGAAUCCAACUGUGCACCGGAUGGACGAUCGCGAAGACCUUGGAGAUGGUGCAGGAGCAAUGGGCCAGGAGUAUGGAACUUGAGCAUGUUGGCUUGCAGAACCUGCUACACAUGGGAUCUGGCCCUGAGGCUGCCUGUCGCUUCCAGACCCUGAUGUCGGUGGAGCCUGGGACUGGGACUCAGCUGCCGGGCUUAUUCAUGCCGUAUGAUGCGAGUCAGCGAGCCCAGGAGCUGUACCCCUUGGUGCUGCAGUGCCGACCAUCGGACACGACCAUGGAAGUGGAGGCUUUGGUGGACCCCGGCGUAAUCAGUGUCCGGCAGGCUGAACGACUGCUGGGGCAACUCAGUUAUAUUUAUGAGCAGAUCGAGAAUGAUCCAGCGAUCACCCUCGCGGAGAUUGACCCGGUCAGCCGGGAGGAUCGAGCUGAGCUCAUCGGCCGAAAUAUAUCACGCAACCCUGCUUCUGUCCCGCCGUGUGUGCACGACAUGAUCUCGGAGCGAGCUCGGUCUCAACCGCACGCCGCCGCCAUCAGUGCCUGGGAUGGCGACCUAUCUUACCAGGAGCUGGACGACCUGUCGUCUGGCCUAGCGGCGCGUCUGUCGCGAUUCAACAUCCGACCGGGGGUCUUUGUUCCCGUGCUGGUAGAGAAGUCCAAAUGGGUUCCCGUGGCGAUGAUUGCGGUCAUGAAAGCCGGAGGGGCCUUUGUCCUUUUUGAUCGGUCAUUCCCUAUCCAGCGACUGCAGCAGAUGGGACGGGUGUUGAAGGCGACCGUGGGGUUAACCUCGGAGGCGCAGGCGGAUGUGGCGGCGCAACUCGGGCUGCCGACGAUGUUAUCCGUGGAUCGACCGGCGGAAGACCCCGACAGCCAGCGUCGGGCCGGUGGACCCUCCCCCGUCACCUCCCACGACGACCCCAUGUAUGUGACUUUUACGUCGGGCUCCACGGGAACCCCCAAGGGCGUGAUUGUCAACCAUGCAGGGUAUGCAGCCACUGCCCUGGCCCAUGGCGAGCCCUACCACUUCACUCCCGAGUCGCGGGUGCUGCAAUUUGCAUCUCCCGCCUUCGACUCCUGCAUCAUCGAGCAUCUCAGUGUGUUGAUCAUGGGGAGCUGCGUGUGUAUUCCCACCGCAUCCGACUGUCUCAGCAAUCCAGCCGAGGCCAUUGAUCGUUUCCGGGUCAAUGUCGCGUGUUUGACCCCGAGUGUGAGCCGGAUUGUCGCUCCGGAUCGGCUACCCGGGCUUCAGGUCCUGGCAUUUGUUGGCGAGGCGGUUCUUGCGAGUGACGUGGCCCGCUGGAAGCCCUACGUUCAGGUCCGAAAUGCAUAUGGGCCGGCCGAGUGCUCGGCCGUCUUCAGUGUGCUACCCCAGCUCCAGGAACAUGACCCAACCAAUAUUGGCUUCCCGACGGGGAGUGUGGGCUGGGUCGUCCACCCUCAGGACCAGGAGAAGCUGAUGCCGAUGGGAUGUCCGGGAGAACUGCUCAUCGAAGGGCCGACGGUGGGACCCGGCUACCUUUCGAAUCCUGAACAGACCAGCCGUGCCUAUGUCCAGGCUCCCACCUGGCGGCAGACCUUUGAUUCAUCCACGCCCGGUGCCCUGUAUAAAACGGGAGACCUGGUGGAGUGCACGGGAGACGGCAGUUUCCGGUAUCUGGGGCGGAAGGAUACCCAAGUCAAACUUCAUGGCCAGCGCUUGGAACUCGGCGAGGUCGAGCACCAUGUGUGUCAGUCUUUUCCAGGAGCCAAACAGGCGGUGGUGGAGAUGCUGCAGUCGUCCCCUUCUCAGGACGAUCCGCGGCCCAAGAAUCUCUUGACCGCAUUUGUGUGCGUGCCAGAGGCAGCGUCGUCACGCAACCCUGAAUCGCUGUUCCUACCAGCCACCGACAGGUUCCGUGCCGCCUGCGCGACGGCCGAAGCUCGGCUGACUGAAGUGUUGCCUGCCUUUAUGGUACCUAGAGUGACUCUGCCCAUCAAGAGUGUGCCUUUAACCCCGUCGGGGAAGACAAACCGUCGCCUCCUUCGGGACCAGGCGGCCAGUCUGUCUUGGGCCAUGAUGCAGAAUUAUCGCGCCGUGGCAGGCCACCAACAACGUCCGUCCAACGCAUGUGAGGAGGAACUGCGACAGAUCUGGGCGCAGAGCUUGAACCGGCCCGUCGAUCAGAUCAGCACCUCGGUGAGCUUCUUCCGCCUGGGCGGAGAUUCGGUGAGUGCCAUGCAGGCAGCGAAUAACUGCCGGAUGGCAGGUUGGUCGGUGACGGUGGGCGACAUUUUCCGGUACCCUACUAUUAGUAAACUAGCCCAGCGGAUGCAGGAGAUAGGCAAACCGCAGCAUUUGGCUCCAACGUUCCAGGAGGAUCCCACAGAUAAACCUUUCAGGCUGUCGCCGAUCCAGCAGAUGCUGUUCGAAUACGAUCCUCGUGGCAACACCAGGUUCACGCAGCAUUUCCUUCUCAGGAUCACUCAGCCGACUUCCAGCUCAAAGGUGAGAGAGGCAAUGCAGGCAAUCGUUGCCCGGCAUUCCAUGCUCCGAGCUCGGUUCAGGAGGAUCAAGGAUGGUCAAUGGGAUCAGUUGAUUUCCUCGAACGCAGAUGGAUCUGUUUUGUUUGGCGAGCACUUUCUGUCGUCGCUCGACGACCAGGAGACUCUGCGUCGGAUUCUCGAUGGCAGCCAGGGUCAACUUGACAUUCAACACGGCCCGCUGAUUGCGGUUGAUCUCAUCACCACCGAGGCGCAGGAGCAAUACCUGGGGAUAAUGGCUCAUCACCUGGUUAUCGAUUUGGUCUCCUGGCGAGUAGUUCUUCAAGAUCUGGAAGAUAUCCUCACGACCGGUACUCCGUUGCAGCCACCGUCUAUUCCGUUCCAGCGAUGGUGCCAACUGCAGCAAUCCUACAGCCAGGAAUCCCUGGAUCCCAGGAAGGCUCUGCCGUCGGAGAUACCGUGCCCGCCUCGGGACUACUGGGGCCUUGGCGAUACACAGAGUACCUGGGGGGAUGCCGUGCAAGAGACCAUUAGAAUCUCGCAAGAUGCCACACAAGCACUACUCGGUCUUGCUAACGACGCCUUCCAUACGAGACCGGUUGAAGUAAUACAGACCGCCGUGCUCCAUUCCUUUGUCAAUGUGUUUGACGACCGUCAAGCACCGGCCAUCUUCAACGAAGGCCAUGGACGGGAGCCAUGGAAUGCCAAUAUCGAUAUCUCACGCACGGUGGGCUGGUUCACGACCUUGGUACCACUGUUCAUCGAUGCUCGGAAGGGUCAGGAGAUCACGGAGAUGCUCCUGUUAACCAAAAGCGGUCGUCGGGCAAUCCCUUCCAAUGGGUGGGAAUAUUUUGCAUCGCGCUAUUUGCACCCCGAUGGCCCCAGUCAUUGCCAGGGUCACGCACCAAUGGAGAUCCUGUUCAAUUAUACGGGACUGUUCCAACAGUUGGAGAGACAAGAUGCGCUUCUCCAAUUAGCCGCGCUACCUGAUCACGACAUCUUGCCUCUACCCUCUGACUUGCCCCGUUUCGCCGUCAUCGAUGUAUCGGCCACCGUUGCCAAUGGUGCGUUUAACUUAACUUUCAUGUAUCCCCGACAGAUGCGACAUCAGGAUCGAGUCCACCAAUGGGUCCAGGCCUGCCAGUCGACAUUGGAAGCAUUACCACAGCAGCUACAAAACCACUGUUAUGUGACUGCUUCAGACUUCGGACUAUUAUCGGUCGACGACGAGGAGUUGGAAAUGAUCGUCCAAGACGUUGUUACUCGCACUCGCGCCGGGAUCUCUGAGAUUGAGGAUAUCUACCCUUGUUCCCCAGUUCAGCUGGAUAUAUGGCUCAGUCAGUUGAAAGCUCCUGGACGGUACUGGUCCCGUUUGCAAUGGCUGGUUGAGGCAACGGACAAAGGUCGCGCGCACGUUGACAUCAACAAAGUCAGGGAUGCAUGGCAGCAGGUGGUCGAUCGGCAUUCAAUAUUGAGAACAAUCUUUAUUGAGGAUGGCGCCAGACAAGGAAAACUUGUGCAAGUCGUUUUGAGGACCCUGGCCGCGGAUAUCCAGGUUAUCGCGGCUCAUGACUUGGGGAUGGAUGACAAUGCUUCGCGGCAGAGACGUCUUACUCAGGAUGGAAGGCCCCUACAUCAACUAGCCCUCGUUCCUAAUGAAGAUGGCAAUGUUUCGUGCCAACUCAUAAUUCAUCAUGUUCUGAUGGAUGGAGGUACUGGGGACCUCUUGAUCGACGAACUUCACCAGGCCUAUGACGGGCUAUUGGACGGGCAACCUGCACCAUCGUAUAGUGCCUAUAUCGGCUACUUGCAACAGCGCGGUGACCAGGCCGAUAAAUAUUGGAUGAAUUAUCUGAGUGGUGCCAACUCGUGUCUCUUUCCGCCGCUCCAAGCAACUGAGCACGGGGAGAAGCAGGUCACGCCGCACAUUGCAUCCUUUACCUUCCCGAAUGGAGAUCAACUAAGGUCAUAUUGUCGGGAUCGCGACUUUACGAUUUCUAGUCUCUUGCAUGUGGCCUGGGGGCUGGUACUCCGCAUAUAUACGGGUUCGGAUGACGUUGUCUUCGGCUGUCUGUCUUCUGGGCGUGAUAUCCCACUGCAGCAGGUCCAUGAAAUCGCGGGGCCACUUAUCAGCUUACUCGUCUGUCGCCUCACAUUGGGUGAUGAUGUUGAGCUUCUCGCCGCACUCAGGGAUAACCAAGUUGCAUAUGCAAACGGCGUUGAUAAUCAGCAAUACUCCUUGGCAGAGGCUAUGCAUUCCUUGGACCUAUCCGGUCAGCCGCUGUUCAACACAGCGAUGUCUCUUCAGAACGAGGUCCCAGAUCAGGCUCGUGGUGGCUCAUCAGACAUAGCGAUAAAGGAUGAUGGUGGCAGUGAUUCGACUGAGUACGACAUCGCGGUCAACCUCACGAUCAAUACGCCGAGCAUUGAUGGCAAUUUGACCUAUUACUCCGAUAUCAUUAGCGAUACCCAGGCAGAGCUCAUUGCAGACACCUUCCAGUCUAUUGUCAUGCAACUCAUCGACCCAGCCAAUACGCAAAUUGGCCAUUUGGACUUGCUUGGACCCAAGAAUAAAGACCGGAUAUUUGAAUGGAAUCAAAAGUUGCCCGAUCCGGUAUCCGGAUGUGUCCACCGAGCCAUCCAGGACUACAGUAUGGCUCAUCCGCAGACCCCAGCCGUAGCUGCUUGGGACAACAACCUCACAUAUGGAGAGCUUGAUCGCAGUUCGUCAUGCUGGGCUCAGCAUCUGAUUCACCAUGGCGUGGGGCCAGAGACCUUUGUUCCAGUGUACUGUGACCGGUCAAGUUGGACCAUCGUCGCCGUUCUAGCCAUUUUAAAGGCCGGUGGUGCAUUUAUUCUUUUGGACCAAACGCACCCCAAGGAGCGAUUGAAAGACAUGCUGCAGAAUGACUUCUCAUGUCCUGUCAUUGUCACCUCGGCCAAACAUGCGGCAGCUGCCGCUUUCAUUGCUCCUAAACCGAUUGUCAUAGAGGAUAUGCAGAGACAGCCUGUACCUGGUGCUGUACCACUCGCUGCAGUCCGCCCAACGUGUGCAGGUUACGCAAUUUUCACUUCCGGUAGCACUGGCAGACCGAAAGGGUGUGUCAUCGAGCACAGGUCAUUUUACUGCGCGAUUGAGGCCCAGAGAGAGGCGUUUGGAAUUGACGAUCGCUCUCGAGUCCUUCACUUUUCGUCCUAUGCGUUCGACGUGUGCAUCAUUGAGAUUUUUGCAACUCUUCUGGCCGGCGGAUGUAUUUGUAUCCCCACCGAGGAUGGCCGCCAGAGGAUCGAAGAUACCAUCGAGAAAUUCCAAAUCACCUGGGCCAUCCUGGUCACAUCCAUCGCCCGAACACUCGACCCAAGACGGGUUUCCCCCCUGGAAACGCUUGUGCUCGCUGGGGAGAAAGUGAGUAGACAUGAUGUGCGUCGCUGGGCACCUCACGUUCACCUCGUCAACGGGUAUGGCCCGGCUGAGUGUAGCAUGAUCUCCACCAGUCAGAGCCGAUCGGAGAUCCUGCUGUCGGAUUCAGCAAACAUCGGUUGGCCCGUAGGCGGUGGUGCAUGGGUGAUGAGUCCAGCCAACCCACACCAACCACUGCCAGUGGGUGCCAUUGGAGAAUUACUCAUCGAUGGCCCAAUUGUCGGGCGAGGGUACGUGAAUCGGUCGGAGCAGACGGCGGCUGUCUUUCUAUCGUACCCCGACUGGAUGAAGGCAAUGCGCGGGACAGGCAGGAAUGCGUUGUACAGAACUGGCGACCUUGUUCGCCAGCUUCCAGAUGGCUCCAUCCGGUAUAUUGGAAGGCGCGACCGCCAAGUCAAGCUCCGGGGUCAGCGAAUCGAACUGGCUGAAGUCGAAUAUCAUGUGCAACGAUGUUUCCCCGGUGGCAGUCUGGACGUAUUUGUUGACCUGGUGGUGCCGGACACUUCGACAACAACAUACCUUGUCGCCUCGAUAGCCACACAAAAGUACAGUGAUGACGAAACAUUUGAGAGGAAUGUAGAGUUAACCAAGGCCCGUCUUGUGAAGGAGGUUCCAGUCUUCUUCAUCCCAAAUGCCUUCAUUCCCCUCCAUGAGAUCCCGCGUUUAGUGAAUGGAAAGGUGGAUCGACAGAAGGUACAUCGACUGGCAUCCCAGGCGCUUGUGUCGCAAAUGAACCAGCCGACCAAGGAUCCGGUGGAAUGGAAUCCGGGAAGCCUGACAUCCGACGAGCAAACGAUGCAGUCUUUAUGGGCAGAAGUGCUGCAAUGUUCUCCUAAGACCAUUGGCCCUGAUGACAACUUCUUUCUGCUGGGGGGUGAUUCCAUUGCAGCUAUGAGGCUAACCUCUGCCGCGGGGGCACGAGGUUUGAAGUUGGCGGUACCACAGGUCUUCUUACAUCCCCAGAUGCGAGAUCUGGCACAGGCUUUAUCCUGCAACGCAAAGCAACUGUCCUCCGGAGGACUCACCAAGUCCGCCACCCUUCCUGAGCCGUUAUCUCUUCUCCCUCCGGGGAAACGUAGUGAGGCUCACAGCCAAGCUAUGUCUCAGUGCGAUAUUUCCAGCUCGAAAAUUGAGAACAUAUACCCCUGUACACCGUGGCAAACCACGAUCCUGGGGCUGGCAGCUGCGGUCCAAAUGACCCAACACCGUCUUCGAGUCGCCCCACAUAUUGACGCUGAUCGAUUGAAGGCUGCUUGGCAGACAGUCGUGGCCGGUGAGCCUAUUCUACGUACUCGCAUGAUUGAGGUAGCAGGGCUGGGAUAUCUCCAAGUCGUUACCAAACAUGACGGUAUACGCUGGAGUGUAAGCGCCUCGACUCAGCGAUCACCACCCCACGGGAGAAACUGGCUUGGGAGCCCAUUGCUGGGCUUUGAACUCUAUUCGCCUGGUCGGGGUAGGCCCGUUGACCUCGUGAUCUCAGUGCAUCACGCCCUAAUAGAUCCUCAUUCAUUGUCCCAGACGCUGUCAAAGGUGCAGGCUGCCUAUGAGGGUUCGCCAGUGGAGCUGUCUGUCGGGUUGGGCGAUCUUAUGACGUACAUUGCUUCGCAGAAAGAAGCUGCUCUGGACUAUUGGCGUGAGGGUCUGCGCGACGUCGACAUCGACCCGUUCCCCUCGCUGCCAUCUCAGCACACAAAGCCCCAGACAAUGAAGAAGAUGCAGUCUGUCGUAGAUAUCAAGCACCUUGGAGCCACAUGUGACUUCUCCAUGGCAAUUAGACUAGCAUGGGGACUUGUGCAUUCGCAAUAUCAGGGCACGACAGACGUGGUGUUCGGAGUCCGUUCCAAUGGGCGCAAAGCAAAUGUCAAUGGUAUCAAAUCCAUGGUUGCACCUGCAACCACCAUCAUUCCAUUCCGUCUUUCAAUAAACCACGAUGCGACCGUGGCAGAGGCGCUAUCGGAACUGGAGGUGGUUGAAACAGAUCUGGUCCAGUUCGAGCAGGUAACAUUGUCAGAAAUCGCGGCUUUGAGUCCCGAGGCCAAACAGGCAUCCUCAUUCCAAACUCUUCUCGCCAUUGAAAGGGAUGAGGACAAGGUCGGCACACGCUUGGAAUGGACCAAGCACCGCGCUCCUGAAGAUUUAUUACAUGUAUAUGCCCUGCAAAUUGUUGCCAGUGUCGAGGGAAAAGAUAUCAUCAUCAAGGCGGCCUUCGACAACUCCGCCAUCUCAGAGUGGCUGAUGCAGCAUGUCAUGGAUCAGUUCAGCCACAUGCUUAAGCAGGUCCUCUUUCAGCCUGAGCGUCUGGUUGGCCAUAUUACCACAGUCAAUCCCAACGAUCUCCUGGAGAUGCAACGCUGGAACCCAGAUAUUCCUCCCAAGGCGUCUGGCAGCGUGGCAGAUGUUAUCUAUGAACAAUCCAUUGAGCGACCGUUUGCCCCCGCUGUAUGUGCCUGGGAUGGAGACUUUUCGUAUGAGGAACUAGAUGUCGAAGCAAGCAACCUGGCCAGCGUUUUGCGGCACCAUGGUGUUGGACCAGAGACCUUUGUGCCCAUAUGCAUGGAGCCAUCGCGAUGGGUGGUGGUGGCUAUUUUGGCUGUCUUGAAGGCACGAGCUGCCAUCCUUCUGCUGGACUUGUCUCAUCCGCUUGCUCGCCUCCAGACUAUUUGUUCCGACAUCGACGCACCUGUGGUUAUUGCCUCUGGAAGUACCAAGCUUACGGCGCAGAGCCUGGCUCGAAUGGUUGUCAGCCUGGAUGGGUCUAUUGGGGCGAAUACCACGCCCGAGGCAGACAUAAACCUGAUCCAGGGCGAGCCUCACCAUGCUCUGUACGUGGUCUUCACAUCAGGAUCGACCGGAAAGCCAAAGGGGGUUAUAAUCGAGAACGGCAGUUUCCUCACUAUGGCCGUGUCUUUCAUGCAAAAGACUGGGUUCGGCCCACACUCUCGGAUGCUGCAGCUGUCUAGCUAUGCCUUCGAUGUGAGCAUGCUCGAAUUCAUGGCACCAUUGAUCGCAGGAGCGUGUCUCUGCAUUCCAUCGACUGCCGAGAGAAAGGACGGUGUCGCCGAGUCGGUCCAGAAUCUGCAGCCGUCACACAUGGUAGUGACCCCUGCCCGUCUCAGGGCCUUGACUCCGGCGGAAAUGAACCCUGUACACACGGUGAUGUUGAUUGGAGAGACCGUCCGAGCCAGCGACAUCGAAGAAUGGUCAAAGGACAUGCGCGUCAUCAACAUGUAUGGCCCCGCUGAAUGUACGGUUCUCUUCACUAUGCAACGUGCGGUUAGCCCAGCACGAGCCGCCAAUAUCGGGGCGCCUGUCGCAGGAGCCGCUUGGAUAAGUGACCAGCAGAAUCCUGAACGACCGGUCCCAAUCGGUGCAGUGGGUGAGCUGCUCUUGCAAGGUCCACUCGUAGGCCGCGGAUACCACAAGAGUCCAGAGCAGACUGCUGCUGCUUUCAUUCCUUGCCCGCAGUGGAUUCAGAACCUCAGCAGUGGAAGGCACUCGACCGCUCAGCCGGUGUACCGCACAGGGGAUCUCGUCCGGUAUGAAGCCGACGGCUCCUUCCAUUUCAUCGGACGGAGAGAUUUUCAAGUCAAGCUGCGCAGCCAACGCUUCGAGCUUGGGGAGGUGGAAGAGCAGGUGCAGCAGGUUCUUCCAGGUCGCUUCAGCGAUGUACUUGCUCUGUUAGCCACGCCAUCAGCGGCGGUCCAGACCCAAUGUUUGGUCGUCUUCUUGGUCCCCAAGGAAGCCGGACUUAAAUCUAGAGUGGCACCUUCUCCAGUUCCACCUCUACCCGUCGUUUCCACGGCCGAACUGGUUGAAGACAUUGCUCUAACCAACCAGAGACUAAAGGAGGCACUUCCCGGUUACAUGAUGCCGUCAGCGUUUGUGCCCCUCGAGUGUCUGCCACGUACCAGCGGUGGCAAGACAGACCGAAAACAACUGCAACAGGCUAUGGCGACAAUGACCAGGCAGCAAAUGGAUGCUUUCGCCCCCAGGAUCGUCGAGGAUAUGGCUGGACACACAAGUACCGAGCGGUUUCACGGCGUCCAGGUGCCUAUAAUCAACACAAAUGUCGAAGCAGUUUAUCCGUGUACACCGGCACAGCGUGGCAUCUUGUUAAGCCAGCUAGAGAACCCCAACAUCUAUUGUCCCCAUUUCAUCUGGAGGAUCCGUGCACCCUCUGGGGCAACGGUGGACAUCGACCGGUUGCAAGACGCAUGGAGGCAGGUGGUGACUCGACAUCCUGCGCUUCGGGCUGCUUUCCGGCCAACACCGUCAGGGGAUGGGCAGUUCGAACAGAUUUUGCUUCGCAAGGUUGAGCCGCCAUUGACAAUAUUUGAAGGCGAAUACGAGAGUUCUGGUUUGAAGCCCCCACCUAUCAUAGCCAAUGUGUCCAAAACAGUGACGCUGCAAGAUGGCCAAUCCGUGCAACACCACAUGACAAUGUGCACCUCUGUUGCAGGCUAUGUCUUCUGUAGACUGGACGUCAACCAUGCAAUCAUCGAUACGAUAUCGACAUCAUUAAUCGAGCGGGACCUGUGCCAAGCGUAUGACUUGUGCCUGCCAACUGACUCUCCCAAUGAUGCCUACCAGGGAUACCUCGAGUUUGUCCAUCAGCAACCCAUGAAGCCGGCACAGCAAUACUGGCAUUCCUACUUAGAGAGUUACAAGCCUUGUCAGUUGCCUUUGAAGGGAUCACAGCACGCACAUGAAGGCGCUGAGACAUUGAAAAAUUUCGAGGUCUUCUUUGAAGCCAGCGGGGCGAAGGUUAGGUCCUUCUGCGACGAGAGCGAUUGGACCCCAUCUAGCGUGAUGUAUCUCGCCUGGGCGCUGACGCUGAAGGCCUUCACGGGAGCCGAUGAUGUGUGCUUCGGAACCUUUUCGUCUGGGCGAAUGGUCCCGGUCCCUGGGAUAAACGAAGCUGUAGGCCAAUUCGCCAAUCUGUCGGUGUGCCGAGUGCGCUUCACCCGGAACGAGACGCUAGAUGAGGCCGCAUUGCGUCUGCUAGAGGAAUACUAUCAUAUCCUCUCCUACCAAUCCUUCCCGUUGUCUUCGAUCGCCAAGUCUGCUGGGCUGGCAAUAGAGGACGUAGCGUCAACCGCAAUCAAUGUUCAUUACGUGCCGGACGCAGAGCCGGAGGACGAGUCUUCCGUCCGUGUGGAAUCACUUCACACCCACGAUCCCGCCACGCACGAUCUGACAUGUUAUAUCGCUCUGCAAUACCACGGGCAAAUUAAGCUUCUGAUAAACUACCACCCAUCACGGGUGGCCCCGGCUCUCGUGGCGCAGCUGGCUGAGUAUUUCGAAUUGGCCAUUAACCGCAUUGUGGGUAACCCGCAGGCCCGCGUAAAUGAUAUGGAGCUCUUCACCGAUCAUGACGAACAGCGCUUACGCAAGUGGAACCUGCCAUGUGCGGAAGCCCCCGCAGUCACUGUGCCUCAUAUCGUUGCGCAACAGGCUAAACAACAUCCACACCACAUGGCUGUCUCCGGGUGGGAUGGAGACUUUACGUACGGAGAGCUAGAACAAGUGUCGACACGCGUGGCAGAUAUGCUCAGUCAUCGUGCAGAGAUAGCAGGACACCCGAUUCCGAUUUGCUUUGAGAAAUCGAAGUGGACGAUUGUGGCGAUCCUGGGGAUCAUGAAGGCCGGUGGAACCGUCGUGCCUCUCGAUCCUAAUGAGCCGCUGGAGCGCCUGCAAGACAUCACACGUCGGAUCCGUCCUCCCCUGGUCGUAUCAUCGGUGGCACAGGCACAGUUGAGUGGGAUCCUAGCGGAAGAUGUCAUCCAAAUUGAUGAGAAGGUCGCGUUGCAAGGCAGUGGUAAGGGCAACCCUGGCUCUCGUCUACCAGCACUUGAUCCUGAUCAAGCGGCCUAUAUCAUGUUCACCUCCGGGACAUCCGGAGCUCCCAAAGGUGUCAUGGUCUCGCACCGCUCCUAUGCCACGGCAGCUGCGGGCCACAUCCGCUCCUUCGGGUUGACAAAUGAAUCCCGUGUGCUGCAGCUGGCGUCCUACGCAUUUGAUGUGUCCAUGAUGGACAUCCUCACCACACUGAUUGCCGGAGCCAGUAUUGCUGUGAUUUCCGAGUCCCAGAGGAACCAGAUGAUAGUCACCGGGACUAGCCCCGCUUCUGUAUCCCAUAUGUUCUUGACUCCGUCGCAGCUCAGUCCUCUCGAUGCGACGCGGUCAUCCUGGGUUCAGACAAUUGUUCUCCUGGGAGAGCCAAUGUCGGAUUCCCAUCUUCGAAUGUGGGGCAAUUCCUGUCGCCUGUUGAACGGUUACGGACCAACCGAGUGCGCGGUGAUUUCGACCGUAUCCCCCCCUCUUAAUCCAACCGAUGAUGUUCGAAACAUCGGUUGGGGAGUAGGUGUCAAUUGCUGGAUUGUGGACCAGAAUGACGCUGAAAAACUGAUGCCUAUUGGCGCCAGAGGAGAGCUACUGCUGCAUGGCCCGUCUGUUGGCCAAGGCUAUCUCGACGAAGCGGACAAGACUGCCAAGGCUUUCAUCCAGCCACCACGAUGGUUGCAAGAUCUUUACCCAGACCAGGUGGCCAGUGGAAACCUCUACAAAACCGGGGACAUUGUGCGCUACGAAAUAACCGAUGGAUCGCUCCGUUUUGAAGGGCGCAAGGAUCGCCAGAUCAAAGUAAACGGGCAACGAGUGGAGCUAGCGGAGAUUGAGCACCACGUGCGACAGUGUUUCACACAUUCCAGGGAAGUGGUCGUCGAACAGGCCAGGGUCCCAAGCCUUGGAGUAGUGGACAGUUCCGCCAUGGGAGCACUUGGUGUCAUACCACGACUUGUUGCAUGUAUCUGGGACGGGGUUGAAGGUGAAGGAAUGAUCCAUGACGCCAACGCUGAAGUCGAUAAGCAGCCCAUCCUUCGUACCCAAACCCAUGAAUUCCAGGUGAACAUCAGUGCUGCUUUGGGUAAGCUUCGAAAACGUCUCCCCGGAUACAUGGUCCCAGACCUUUUUGUGCCCCUUGCGCAGAUCCCACGGACAACCUCGGGCAAGAUGGAUCGUGCCGGACUGCGGGAGUGUAUCCAGGGCAUCUCAUCUCAAGAGUGGCGCGCAUAUACAGAGAUGCAGCGACGCAAGCAACCCGUCAAGGGCGAGAAAGCCGUCAGAUUCCACGCUAUUCUCACCAGUCUGCUCGACAUACCUGGGGAGGAGGUCGGCGCGGAUGACAGCUUUCUCCACUUUGGUGGAGAUUCCAUCCUUGCAAUGAAGAUUGCCGCCAGAGCCAGAACUGAGGGGUUGGAGAUUCAGUCCGGUGAUAUCCUUCGACACCCCACGAUCCGAGAGUGGGCUCAGAUAGCAUGCCCGGUUGGGAAGCCCUCACAUGCUUCUACCGACCAUGAUUCCUACUCGCUGGUCAAUGAUACCGUGCGCACUUCUGCCCUGGCAUCCUAUUCUGACCAGAGCGAAUCAUUGACUCCAAAUGACGUGAUCGACAUUCUUCCGACGGUUGAAUUUCAAGCAUUUCACAUCAAAAACACCACGCUAGUACACAUGGUUGAGAUGUUCCGCACUCCUGUAGAUCUGACUCGUCUCAAGCGUGCAUGCGCAGAAGUCGUUUCGCACUAUAGCAUGUUGCGGUCGGUUUUCAUCCCCGUCGAAGGCCACAUCUACCAGGUUAUUCUCCGCUCUGUGCAACCAAAGAUACAACAGGUGCAGUGUGAGAAUCUAGAGGCAUAUAUCACCCAGGCUACCCAGGCCAAGCCAGUGCCAAUGUCUAUUCAGCAGCAAUCGUCGGUACAAUUUACAGUGAUCACCAGCCGCACUCAGGCUGACUGGGCAUUCAUGAUUUCCUUAUCACAUGGUCAAUGUGACGGGGCUUCCUUGCCUGUGCUUUGGCAGUCGAUCUCGGACGCGUACAACGGCCAUCAGCUGUUGCAGACGACCGACUUCAGGGAUGUGGUCUAUCAGCGACUGUCUGAGGACCACUCGCCUGCGCUCUCAUUCUGGCGGGAGUAUCUCUCCGGUGCCCCUCUCCCAGGGAUCGAGGUCGCGGGUCAUUUUAAUACACAGGGGAGCGGUAAACAUACGGCUGUGAGCCGUGAUAUUGGCCGCUUCACCCUACCAGCUGAUGUCACGAUGGCGACCCUGGUGCAUAGCAGCUUGGCAUGGAUUUUGUGCCAACAUGCAAAUCGACGAGAUGUCAUCCUGACCCAGGUUGUCCAUGGCCGGGGAGGAUCCCUGCCGGGCAUGGACAAGGUCAUUGGCCCUUGUGCGAACUACUUGCCAAUGCGAUUCCGAACAGAUCCGCAGUGGACGGUUGGCGAUCUCCUGCAUCAUGUGCAGCGGCAACGCCUAGAAACUGCUCCUUAUGACCAUGUGGCAUUUGGGGAAAUUGUACGCCAAUGCACGCAAUGGCCAGAGGAUACCACAUAUGGAUGUAUAGUCAAUCACCAGGUUGUGGCAUCGUCCAGCGGCGUCGACUUGGAUGGGACCCGCUCGGCCUCCCGCACAUAUUGGUCUACCGGAAGAAGCGACAACGAAGAGCUUCUGGCAGGUCAAAUGGCCGUGACGUCAAUCGAGCGUGACACUGGAGUAGAGCUGUGCAUCACGGCUGUAGGAGGUGUGAUGGAUGAGGCCACGGCCGAACGACUGGUUGGUCAAGUGGCCGAGGCGAUGCGACUUUUCGUCGAGUCGCCCGAUGGGUGCCUGAGCGACUUGGCCGCCCAUGGGUCGGCGGCGAAGAAUCAAGCGGCUUGCAUUCCUCGGCGUCCAUUCACGACUCACCCGAAUUAGCUGGGGACUAAUCUGUAUGGAAAACCAUGAUAAAGUAAACACAAGGUCUACUUUGUUGGAUGAUUUGCGCUUGAAUGAAGGAUAAAAGAAGACAGAGUACUCUGUCAGAGACAAAGAGAGAGAUUGUGUGUUGGGUGGGUGUUGGGUGCCGUGGUUC